UCUCUCCUCUUUCUCAGCACCAGCACAGCUCUCCUCCGCUAUCUCCAUCUCCACCCAUCACCAUCCAGUGGGGGCCAGCUGGUGGGGGGCACAGUGGCUGAGCCGUGGCUAGUGCUAUGGCAGUGCAUCUUGCACGUGCUCUAAACUAGGGCUCAACCCUACCCACUUACCCGGCCCCAAAAGCAGUCACACGCAGCCCUCCUCCCAGACGCUCGCCUGCACGCUCGCCUGCACGCUCGCUCUGCGUUCACGCCUGCUCAGCUCGCUCAGCUAUCAUCUCCAACUCUCUCGAGCAACACCCUAAACACUCACCCAAACAACCCCAACUAUCAUCAUAAUGGCUGACGCUGCUCCCAGAGGAGGAUUCGGACGUGGACGAGGUGGCGACAGAGGCCGCGGCCGUGGCCGUGGUCGCCGUGGUGCCCGCGGUGCCAAAGAGGAGGAGGCCUGGAAGCCCGUCACCAAGCUCGGCCGUCUCGUUCGCGCCGGCAAGAUCAAGAGCAUGGAGGAGAUCUACCUGCACUCGCUCCCCAUCAAGGAGUACCAGAUCGUUGACGAGUUCUUGCCCAAGCUCAAGGACGAGGUCAUGAAGAUCAAGCCCGUCCAGAAGCAGACCCGUGCCGGUCAGCGCACCCGAUUCAAGGCCAUCGUCGUCAUCGGUGACUGGGACGGCCACGUCGGUCUCGGAAUCAAGACCGCGAAGGAAGUCGCUACCGCCAUCCGCGCCGCCAUCAUCAUCGCCAAGCUCUCCGUCAUCCCCGUCCGUCGUGGAUACUGGGGUGCUGCUCUCGGACAGCCCCACUCCCUUGCCAACAAGACCACCGGCAAGUGUGGUUCUGUCUCUGUCAGACUCAUCCCCGCCCCCCGUGGUACCUCCAUCGUCGCCUCGCCUGCCGUCAAGAGACUUUUGCAGCUCGCUGGUAUCGAGGAUGCCUACACCUCGUCCUCGGGCUCGACCAGAACACUCGAGAACACCCUCAAGGCCACCUUCGUCGCCAUCGGCAACACCUACGGUUUCCUUACCCCCAACCUCUGGAAGGAGACUGCUCUCGAGCAGUCCCCGCUCGACGUCUACAGCGACCUACUGGCGUCGGAGAAGCGGUCCUACUAGAUACAUUAAUGUUGGUUUUCUCGUUUAGUUUUCAUUUUUUAUUUUUGCCUCGUUUGGGUCUUGUAUAAUUUCAAAGUUUAGUGUCUAAAAUUGGGGUAUGACGGCGACCAAAAGAACUUAGCUGUGUGUAUAAAGUUAUAUUGAAUAGCUACCUUUUUCAUUAUAAGAGCUAUCAUCUAG